GUCCUCGCAUGUACUCCUAACCUGCCAGCCAUGUCCCUCUAUACUACAACCCGAUGGGCCACUCAAUUCUCACGUCCCUCGCGUUGCGCUUUCUCGGUGUAUAGCCGACUCCGCUCCGCAUCUACAUCCGAUACAACGUCGGCCUCAUCCAUCGCCGCCUCAUUCCUGUCGCGAUUCCAAUCGCUAGGGCCUCAAUCCCGCACGCAAGUCCUCGACGCCAACCAGCUGCAACUCCUCUCUCUAACCCUCAAUCGCCCCUCCCUCUUCCCCACCUCCCCAUCCCUCUCCAACACCUCCCCCACUGUCUCCGUGCCCUCAAACACCCCUCUCCCCCCGGGCUACCACCUUGCCUACUUCACCCCCGCCUUCCUGGAGAACGAACUCGGUCCCGACGGCACCGAUGUCUCGUACAACCCGUCCUCGCCGUUUACGCGCCGCAUGUGGGCCGGCGGCGAGGUGCAUUGGCCGCGCGGCGCAGACGGGGCUCCGAAUCCGUUGCGCGUGGGCCAGGAAGUGAGCGAGACGACGAGGGUGCUGAGCGCCGAGCCCAAGACGGUCCGGAAGACAGGCGAGGAGAUGAUCGUGGUGGGCGUGGAGAAGGAAUUCCGGAAUGAGCGCGGCGUGGCGAUCUUGGACCGCAGGAACUGGGUGUUCAGGAAGGCGUUGACGGCACCGAUGAAGUCGGCGUUGGCGUCGGCGUCAGAGUUCACAUCUAUCGCCUCCGAGCCGGCCUCCUCGGCUACUUCUACCUCGGGGAACACGCACACGCGCACCCUGAGACAAACAGCCGUCACGCUGUUCCGCUUCUCUGCCCUGACGUUCAACCCGCAUAAGAUCCACUACUCGGCGCCGUGGGCCAAGGACGUAGAAGGCCACAAGGACAUCGUGGUGCACGGGCCGUUGAAUCUGAUCUCCAUCUUGGAUCUGUGGAGAGAUACCCGGUCUGCAUCCGCUGGGGACGGUCUGGUUCUUCCGGAGAAGAUCUCGUACCGCGCGACGAGCCCGCUCUAUGCGGAGGAGGAGUACCGGGUUGUCUUGGAUGAGGAGGCCGGGGAUGGGGUUGCCAGAGUACAGAUUCUGCGGCCGGAUGGGGUCGUGGCCAUGAAGGCGGAGAUUUCUUAA